AUGAGUUCUUUACGAGGUGAAGAAAAUUUGGCAAAAGCAGGAAUUCCUUACGCUAAUACUGACAAGCACAUCAGAGACAAGAUUGUUGAAUUUGGUUUUAAAAAGAGAAAAUUUUUCAAGAAUGCUAGAGGAGAUUUAAAAACUAGAAAAUCUACAUCUUUGCAUUUUGACUCAAAAAAAUCUACAUCUUUGCAUUUUGACUCAAAAAUUAUGGUAGAAAUGAAAGAACUUGGUAAAGAAAAAGUUGAAAGAGUAGCUGUACUAAUCAGUUCACCAGAUCUUUCAGAAUCACAACUUUUGGGUAUUUUAAUUGUGAAAGAUGGCACUGCUGAGUCUCUUGGAAACGCAAUUAAAAAAACUUUAAAAGACUGGGAGCUGUUUGACUAUGUUGAUUGUCUGUCCUUUGACACCACAGUCACAAAUACUGGUUGGCUAAAAGGGGUCUGUACUCUAAUUGAGCAGGGGAGAGGAAAAGCUUUGCUUUGGAUGGCUUGUCGUUAUCAUGUCUAUGAAUUACAUAUAAAGCACUUUUCAAGUGUUCUUACUGGUGGUAAAACAAGUGGACCAAAGGCUGAGUUAUUUGAAAGACUGAAGUGUAAUUGGAAAUUGGUUCUUCAAAAGAAGAUAAACUAUGAUAACCUAAAGAGAUUUGACUCAAAAAAUUAG